GUUUGUGCCGAAGUUAAUUUGAAGCGCCCUUUUUUGAAAUUGUUGAGAAGAAAAAUUGAAACGUUGUUUAGAUAUAUUCCACAAGAAGAGCAGCCGAAAUACCAAAACCCAAGCCAAGUAGCAGCAUCAAGCCGAGGUCGAGUGGUCGUAGGAAUGACCCCACGCAGCAUGCAGCAGGCAACUGCAGGACCUCGUAAACCCAUAGCAGCUGUAUUUCAACCAAAAGCGGCUAUAACACCACAAGAACAAAUUCAAAAGAAAAUCGACAAAGUAAAAUUAAAAUUGACGGAAAUAGCAAAGCUUGAGGAACGAAUAAAUAAUGGCGAAAUUAUUCCGUUACCUAACCAACUAGCAAAGGUUGGUCGGAAGACGGAAUACGAGAGCGAGAUCGAGAAGCUCACGGAAGAAAUGGAGAAGUUA